CCGCCCCCUUGUUUGUAAACACGCGCCCUCUCCCUCCCGAGGCCCAGCGCCCUCCCCCGGGGCGGGGCGCGGCGCGGCAGGGGGAGCUUCCGCCCUCCAGGUGCGGCGCGCCGGGCCUGCGUGCGAGGUACCGGGCGUGGGAAGGACACUGUUCCCCUUGGGCUGGAGGACUCGGGGCGUCCGAGGGCCGAGCUUGCGCCCCGGGACCGAGCAUCCCUUCCGUACUCUCUGCCCCGAGUGUUCUCAGUUGGGAACGAGGGCUACACUGGUCCACCGCACGUGCUUCUCCACCCCCGAGGUCAGCUUCGGAUGACCCGGUAGUCUCCGCCUGAACUGCCUCUUUGAUUCCCGAAGCCCAGACAGCUCCUCCCCAAAUCCCCUUUCCCAGGGGAUCCCUCCCUCUUCUCCUGGUCCCCCUAUUACCCCUUCGGCACCCCCGCCUCCAAUGCCACCCCCUCCACUGGGCUCCCCCUUCCCAGUCAUCAGCUCUUCCAUGGGGUCCCCUGGUCUGCCCCCUCCGGCUCCCCCAGGAUUCUCCGGGCCUGUCAGCAGCCCUCAGAUUAACUCCACAGUGUCGCUCCCUGGGGGUGGGUCUGGACCCGCUGAAGAUGUGAAGCCACCGGUCCUAGGGGUCCGGGGCCUGCACUGUCCACCCCCUCCCGGUGGCCCUGGGGCUGGCAAGCGGCUAUGUGCAAUCUGCGGGGACCGAAGCUCAGGCAAGCACUAUGGAGUUUACAGCUGUGAGGGCUGCAAGGGCUUCUUCAAACGCACCAUUCGGAAGGACCUGACCUACUCCUGCCGCGAUAACAAAGACUGCACAGUUGACAAGCGCCAGCGGAACCGAUGUCAGUACUGUCGCUAUCAGAAGUGCCUGGCCACUGGCAUGAAAAGGGAGGCGGUACAGGAGGAGCGGCAACGGGGGAAAGACAAAGAUGGGGAUGGGGAUGGGGCUGGGGGAGCCCCUGAGGAGAUGCCUGUGGACAGGAUCCUGGAGGCAGAGCUUGCUGUGGAGCAGAAGAGUGACCAAGGCGUUGAGGGUCCCGGGGGAACCGGGGGUAGCGGCAGCAGCCCAAAUGACCCAGUGACUAACAUCUGCCAGGCAGCUGACAAACAGCUGUUCACACUCGUUGAGUGGGCGAAGAGGAUCCCACACUUCUCUUCCCUGCCUCUGGAUGACCAGGUCAUUCUGCUUCGGGCAGGCUGGAAUGAGCUCCUCAUUGCCUCCUUCUCCCAUCGGUCCAUUGAUGUCCGAGAUGGCAUCCUCCUGGCCACAGGUCUUCAUGUUCACAGAAACUCAGCCCAUUCCGCAGGCGUGGGAGCCAUCUUUGAUCGGUCCCUCUCCAGGGUGCUGACAGAGCUAGUGUCCAAAAUGCGUGACAUGAGGAUGGACAAGACAGAGCUUGGCUGCCUGCGGGCAAUCAUUCUGUUUAACCCAGAUGCCAAGGGCCUCUCCAACCCCGGAGAGGUGGAGGUCCUGCGGGAGAAGGUCUACGCAUCCCUGGAGACCUACUGCAAACAGAAGUACCCCGAGCAGCAAGGCCGGUUUGCCAAGCUGCUGCUGCGUCUUCCUGCCCUCCGCUCCAUCGGCCUCAAGUGUCUGGAGCACCUGUUCUUCUUCAAGCUCAUCGGCGACACCCCUAUUGACACUUUCCUUAUGGAGAUGCUUGAGGCUCCCCACCAGCUAGCCUGAACCCAGACACACACGUGUUCCUCAGCAGUGGGGAGCACCAUGGAAGAGGACUUGACCUGGGCAGGGUGGGAGGGGCCAAGGGCCCAGCCAGAGCCUUGGGCAAAGGGUGCAGAGACGGAGAGUACUUCUGUAGCCUGCAAGGGAUCUGGUGACCCUGAGCAGGGUUUGCCUGGUCUGCAAGUCAGAAGGGGCCCCAGAUCCCUGUGAUGACUACAUGUCUACCUUCAGUGGCCUUGAGUCUCUGAAUUUGCCGGGCUCUCCCUGAUGUGGGUGAUUCUCGUCCUGGCUCUCCAGCACAAGCACUGGCCCUGCUCCAUUCUCUCUCUGCCUCACUCCCUUCUCAGGAGUGCAGUGGAGCUCCUCUAGAAAGGGUGUUGUGGGGCAGGACCCCCCCCCCCAGCUGAUGUCUUGGAGCAGGCCAGGGCUGAUAGCCCUUCAUCCCCCUAACUUGACAGAUGGGGCAGAGGGAGGGUGCCCACCUCCCCCUGUCAGCCCCUUUAUGCAGCACCUGCAGUCAGACUGUCAAUAAAGGGUGUGGUGAAGGGGCUGGUGGA